CAGCGCUCCGCGGCCCCCUCCUUGCCGCGCGCACCGCCAGCCCGGAGGACGCCCGGGGAACCCCGGGAGCCCCGAGAGACGGGAGAAGGCGGGCGGAGGGCAGAGGGCGGUGCCCGGCCGGCAGCUCCCGGUCUUGUGUGAGCAGGAGAAGAGGAGACUGCAGGAGGAAAUAGGCGCCGCGCGCCGGGAGCUGGAGGAGGAGAAACUCCGCGUGGAGCGGCUCAAGAGGAAAUCUCUCCGGGAACGUUGGCUCAUGGAUGGGGCGGCUGAAGGUCCCGAGCAACAGGAAGACCCCGCCUCCAAGGACCCCCAGUCUCCCGAGGCGCAGGCCCAAACUAGAAUUCAAAACCUGGAAGACAGCCUGUUUACACUCCAGUCACAGCUACAGCUGUUGCAAAGUGCGUCCACAGGUGCUCAGCACCGGCCUGCGGGCAGGCCCACCUGGCGCAGACAGGGUCCCCGUCCUCUCUCCCAGCCCACUAUGGAGGCAGAUCCUUCCAGCCACAAAGAUAUGGACAAGAGGACUUCUCUGCCAGCUGAUGCAGUGAGCAUGUCCCCCAGGUCCCCCUCUGAGCCCAGAGAGGAGCCUGUUGGGGCUCUGUCAGACUUGAGGCCAUCUCUUGGGGUCAUAGGGGCCUCCUCAGAAGCUAAUGGCCCCUGCUCUGGGUCCAGCCCUGUCUGGGAGCAGCUGAGCCUGGGAGUGGCAGCAGCUAAGGGUGUCACUGAGGCCAAAGGAGACGGUGUGGUGGAGGUAGUUUGGGCAGGGCUGAGGGCCAUGGAGGACUGUGCUGUGAGCCCUACAGGUGCAGAGUUGGAAGCUAAAGUGGAGGAAAUAGUGCUGGAGGCCAUUGGGGACAGACAGGGUGCUGGCAGCCCAGAGCUCCCAACUUGGGUGAAGGAGGACAGAGGCGUGGUAGAGGUGGUCUGGGAAGGGUUGGGGGACAGUGACUCCCAAGCAACAGGUGAGGUGGGCAAGGAUGUCUCACAGACCAGCUCCCUGAGGCUCAACGAAAGAUUCAAGGCCAAGGCUUCCAGAAAACAGGAAGGUGUUCCUAGUGACAACCCUAAGGGUAAUGGGCAAGGGGGCCCUGCAGGGGAGGGGUCCUUCAUUUGGGUGGAGAGAGUGACCCUUGGUGAGGAUUGGGAGGAGCUCCUGAUGGAGGGCUUGGAAGGGCCUGUGGGGACAGGGCGAGAGGGAGGGCCUGAGGCUCUGCUGGAGGCUCAGGUGGAAGGGGGCCAAGAGUCUUGGGAGGUAGAGAGGACAGAGGCUGAGGAAUCAGGAGCCGGACAAAGAGGAACAGUAGCAAAGCCUGGGGCAGGGAGGGAUGGGGUGGAGAGGCCACUGGAGGCUGAGGAGAAAGGAAGUGAGAUGUCACCAGAGCCAGGGAGGAAAGGAGAGGACAGGACAGAAAAGGAAGCCGGCAAGGAACGAAAAGGAAGCGAGGGCCCCUUGCCAGUAGAAUUGGAAAAAUGGGAGGUGAAAGGAAGGGAAAAGUGGGAGGUGGAGGCGAAGGAAGAUGAGGAACCACUGCUAGCAGAGAAGGGAGGUGAGAGCGAGCCCCCAGCCACUGAGGAGACAAGGGUGGCAGAGGGAGCAGGAAGGGAGACACUAUUGGACCAGGAGUGGGGAGGUGAGAAACUACUGGAUGGAGAAACUACCGAAAGUGAGAAAUUGGAUUGGGAGAAAAAAGGUCAGUGCUCAAUGGGUGGGGACGCAACGGGAGGUGAGGGCUCAAUGGGUGGGGACGCAACGGGAGGUGAGAAACUACUGGGCAAGGAGGCGGGAGGUGAGGGCUCAUUGGAUGGGGACGCAACGGGAGGUGAAAAACUAUUGGACAAGGAGGCGGGAGGUGAGGGCUUAUUGGAUGGGGACGCAACGGGAGGUGAAAAACUAUUGGACAAGGAGGCAGGCAGUGAGGGCUCAUUGGAUGGGGACGCAACGGGAGGUGAGAAACUACUGGGCAAGGAGGCGGGAGGUGAGGGCUCAUUGGAUGGAGAGACUAAAGGAGGUAAACUAUUGGAUGGAGAGAGAAGAGACAGAAAGAAACUAUCAGACGGGAAGACAGAAGGCAAGGAAGGCCCAUCAGAGGUAGAGCUGACUCCAGGCACCAAGGAAGAGGCAAGUCCAGGAGAGCAGAGUGACUCUGUCCAAGGAGCAGAGCUGCAGGUGGGGGACACCAGCCAGGUUGGGACUCCACUCAGGGUCGAGGAGGAGCCCAUGCUGGAGAAGCCAGGACCCAAGGAAAAGGCAGUGGGGAAGCCUCAGUCCUGUGCUGAGGGUGAGGGUCCUCCAGGAGAUGCCACCCCCCUCCUGGCAGAGACCCCAGCCCCAGAGCUGCCUGCAGAAAGCCAGCCACUGCUUCAGCAGGAGGGGACCAGCGCCAACCCCAGUGCCCUCCCUGUCCCCACCUACGCUGCUGCCAGGCAGCCUGAGCCAGCCGCCCCAGCCGAAGGCGAGGAGGCCAGUGGUCCCAAGCAAAAGACGUGCCAGUGUUGUGUGGUCAUGUGAACCUGCACCCACCACCCAUCACCCUGCUCCUCCCAUAGCUACCUCGCUGCCUGGCAACGUGCAGAGGGUCCAGGCAUAGACAGGGCACUGUGGGACUGUGGCACCUAGGAACCUACACAUCUAUAUACACCUGGACUUUUUGGAUUCUCUGCCCACUGCCUGUGACCCUGGCUCCCUUCUGCACCAAAGCCUUUAUACUUGAAAAUAAAAUGUUAAGGCACUCUG